GACGCGGUUUCCGGGGGGGGGGAGCCCCGGGGCUGGCACCGCGGCCGCUUUAUCCGGAGCGGAGCCGCGCGGCCGCCUCCCUCGGCCGGCCCCGCCAUGGUGGUGCUGACGGGCCGGGAGGCUGGAGGCGGGCGGGCCCCAGAGGAGCCCUACCUGAGGAUUGAAGACUGCCUGCCUCCUCUGGGGAGCUCCCCAUCCAAGAGGUUCUCCCCCUCCAAACGGAAGCAGUACUACGUUAACCAGGCCAUCCGCAACUCCGACCUCAUCCCAAAGGCCAAGGGGCGCAAGAGCCUUCAGAGGCUGGAGAACACUCGGUACCUGAUGACUCUGCUGGAGCAGGACGAAUGUGGGAAUGAUGAUGGGGAACUCACUCACUCUGCUGCCCCAAGCAUCUUCACAGAGGCCUGCAACAACGAGACGUACAUGGAGAUCUGGAAUGACUUCAUGAACCGGUCUGGGGAGGAACAGGAGCGGGUCCUGCUCUACCUAGAGGAAGAGGCCAAGAAGAAGCACAAGAGGAAGCUCCCUGUUAAAGCAGAGGACACGUGGAAAGAGCAUCCUGCUUACACGCCGAAAGAAUGUUUCCAGCGCAUCAGCCGCCGGCUUCGCACCACGCUGAGACGAGGCAGGAUCCCCAUGGGGACCCUGGAGUGUCUGGAGGAGGAGUUACUGGCCUUUUUCUCCGUCACCCCUCACUCUGUCUACACAGCAAUGAUGGACAAUAGCUUUGAGCGGCUGCUGCUCCAUGCCCUCUGCCAGUACAUGGACCUCGUCUCUGCCAGUUCUGACUUUGAAGGGAAACGCCAAAUGAAAGUGAGCAACAAACACGGAGUCUUCCUGCCCCCAGAGUUACUGCUGUCCACCUACUUGGAGCAGAUGAGCUGAUAAGCCUGGAAGACAUCCCACUCGGUGCUCUGAAGGCUUCUACGAUCCCUAGAUCUGCUAUCCGUCCACUCAGUCCUCAGCGUACAAAUGGGGUGUGUCCCCACCCUCUCUGACGAUUCUCUGCACUUGUGCAAUGGCCUAACUGGCGGGUGGGUUUGUGUGGAGUGGGUUAGAUUGCCAUCCCUUGUGCCCUGCUUCAAGACAGGAAGUCUUCCCUUGCCCAUCGCUGAAGCUCUGCAGGCAUCUCCCGCAGCUGCCGCUGUCUCUUCCCCGUGUGGCACAAGCUUGGCAACACGCGGGUGUGACUUCCAGCUUCCUCCCCACCCCUGGGGUGCUCCUGGUUCCACCCAAGGCUUCUCCAUACCGCUCCUGGUACCUGGUGGAGGGCACCAUCUCUGCUCCUUGCAGGCGGGGGGGUCUGGCAGAGGCCUGCAAGCACCCCCCAGGCAGCCCACUCUGUCCGGAAUGGAACCACCUAUUGGACAGCCCAAAACAUCAACCUUUGUCAUGCUCAAGUGUCCAACCCCUUCUCAAAGACAUGGUCAGGACUGAGGACUCUGCCUCUCUUGAAGCCUUUGCCCUGGAUGGGCAGAGUCCUGCGGGUGAGGGUGGUAGGAGCUGACUCCAGGGGUCUCCCCUGCUGCCUGUAGGCUGGUGGGAGGUGAGGAAGCGUCAUCCCUGCAGGAUUCCCUCCGAGGGCCCAUCGACACUGUCAAAUGCAUAUCAGCUGUUGUUGCGGCACUGUUCCCUCUUGUAGUGUAGAUGGGAUCUUGAUUGUGUCUCUUCUGCCCCCCAAGCCAUGUUCCGGAUUCAGAAUCCAGCCAGGUUCGGGGCGAUGGUGAAAGUCCUGUUCUCAUAAAAUGGAAAUGUGCUUUUAUUGGUGCUGGGGAACAAGAUCGCUCUUGAAUAGUGGAGAUGGGCCCUUCAUCUCAGCCCCUUCGGGCCACAUCCUGCCCUCAUUUCUCUGACUCAUUGGCCUCUUAGCUUGGCAGGGAGACUCCAGGACCUGCUGCAGCUGCCAGAUAUCACCACACUAAUGGUGUGAGACCAGUCUGCCUAGCCCUGCCUUGGGCGUGGCGCUAUCUCCCAGCAGUAGCUGCGCUCCCUGGAAGCUCAUUUAAACACAAACAGCCUGUCCCUGGGUGCCUCUGGCUUCCCCCGGGGGUGAAUUUGGAGCAGUAUUUUUGUGACAAAACAGUUCCCUUUCGGUCUUAGCAUUUCAGUGGCUCUGACCUUGCCGUUGAGCAUCUGAAUUGGUCUCCUUCCCCAGCUCAGUAAACACUUGAACAGGAGCCUAAAGCUUCAGCAGUGGCUGAAGUGCUUUGCCGAAUCAGGACCUGAAUGUCCAGCAGCUGCCUGGAACAUAUAACUUGUAAAUUGCAUUUCACAGACCAGGGAGGCAGGGGAAGAGCCUGGGGUCAAUUACCACAGACUGCAACAGCCUGCUUUGGCUGGUGCCUAACCCUACUUCCGCUCGCCACUCGCCACAGAGCGCUUUAAAACAUCGCAGGGUCAGCCCUGGGUACAAUCCAGUGGCAUAUAGGGGGUGUAGAUCCCACCGAAUGCACGCAUUAGCACUUACCUAGCCUUGGUAAAGGAGGGAAAUAUCUGUGUGAAAAGCUCAAAGACGUGUCCAAGCAGGACUCAGCGCCCCCCUCCCCUGCUGGCUGCUUGGUUUUGGACUAGGGAGAGCGAUCUGUUAGUUCUGACAGAAGCUCAGUGGAGAAGCUGUCCAGGGAGCCAGCCCUGAGUGGGAGUAACUAGCCCAUUGUUUAGUGUCUCCGUGUAGAUUGGCAUUGAGCAAACAGCCCUCUGAAGCCAGAUCGCUAUUGUUUAAGCUUUGGUACAGUUAUCAGUGAGACAAUAACACAAAGGUCUGGCUUUCUCUGCAGUGUGGGGGCCUUUUCUUAAUAUAAUAGUGUGUCAUUUAUACAGAUGUGUGUUGGUGAUUGUGGAAUCCAAGCCAGGGCCUUAGCAGUCCUGCCGCUCGCAAGCGUGGCUGGGUGGUCAGAGCUGAACAUCACAGCUUGGGCCACCUGGGUCUGCCAGGGGUAUAUGGCAUGGGGGGAGGGCAGGGGGAGUUUUAUAUCAUGGCGCAAUUUAAAUGGCUCCGUUUCCAGCUCUCUAGUGCUGUAACGAGCCUGUUCGGAUAUGUGUGGUUUUUAAUAUGUAUACUACGUGUUGGGGUGUUUCAUUUGGUGCAUAUCAAGAGCUGCUCUCACCUGUACAUAGCAGCUGGUUUAAAGGGAUGGGCCAGGUUUGAUUCUCCACCAUCCCGCACUGCCUGUGUCUGAUCAGCCCUGCGGGGAAACGCUCCUGUGUUGGGAUUCUCUGUAGCUGUGAGCAGUAAAGAAUCCCGACUGAGGCACGCGCAUUUGUAUUCUCUGCACAGGUUCGGGGCUUGAUUCUCCUCUCCGCUAUAGUGCGGCUCCCUUGGUUUCACUGGAGUUACUCCUGACUUAUAUGGGUUAGUGACCAGAAUUAGGCCCCCGGAGGGCAGGAUCAGGCCCCUUUCCCCUCUUCUCGCUGAGCACCAGCGUAGCUCGUGAGUGAGGCUGUACACUGAGUGGGUGGAGAAUCGGGCUCCGUUGACAUCUCCUCUUCCCUUGUAAACCAGCUGGAUGUAAAAAACUUUUUUCAGCAAAACAACCUCUCAUCCUACAAUGGAGGACCCUUGAUUUGCUUUGGACAGCAAGGCUCUCCUGGGCGUGGGUGGGGGUCUGUUCUAGCUGGACAAUGCAGCAUAGCGGACCGCAGCCCUUGACCUCCCAUGGGUGCGCUUUUGUGCGUGUCAAAGCCACGCACUAUUCUGGGAGCUGCUCUGGGCAGAAUAGGCAAACUCCUGCCACAGUCCCUGCUCUGCUCUGCCCUGGGGCCUGGCGUCCCCUUCUGCCAGCUCUGCACACUGCCUCUCCAGCCCAUGCUCCUGGUCUGGUGAGAUGGCGCAAACCAAAGUGAUCUUGGCACGGACAGUGCCUCUGUGCAGCCCAGCACCCGAUCAGGACCGUACUGUGGAUUGUAACGUGGACAUGGAUGUUGUGUGUCGUGCUUCUGGGAAUGGUUAUCGAUUUUUCUUUUUAAUUGUGUCACUUGUACCUGCCAGCCCUAGCUCUUGCCUCUGUUGAAAGGACCGUCCCCUGUUCUCACCGCAGCAUUCACCUGCUGUGCCUGAGCAAAUCCAUGCGUGGACUGGUGACUGUGUGGCGUUGGUAAUGCUUUAGUCUGCUGUAAACCAGAGGCCAAAACCGGGGCUUCUGCUGAAAGGGGAAAAAAACGAUUCCUUGUGAGCUGACUCAGCUGGGGAAGGUAUGUGCACAAGGACAAUAAAUCAUGGUGCUCCGGA